UUCAACACUCAACACUUCAACAGGUAGCAAUUACUCUCUGCUGUUCGGAAUUCGGUUUUUCUGUGCGGUGUUUCUACAAAAGCCAAUUGCGUUCUGGUGUUCUGCAUUCGGCUUUUCCGGACGCACGGCAACAGAGAGUUGAUCUAUUCCUGAAUCGGUUUGGAGCAUGGAAAAUCCUGGAAAGAAGGUUUUGCUUACCUCCAAUGGUGAUGAGAUCUGCAACAACAUUGCCCGCCAUUUAGCACAGCGGGGUUGCCAGUUGGUUUUAAUGGGAAACGAGAGCCGACUGAAGAGUGUAGCUAAGAUGAUAAAGCAAUCUCUAGAUGGUAGUGUUGUGGUAGUGGAGGUUGUGGGCUUGAAUAUGGAAGAAGAAAGAGAAGCGGCUUUUGAUGAAGCAGUGGAGAAGGCGUGGAAGAUUUUGGGCUGUUUGGAUGCUUUAGUACACUGCUAUACUUAUGAAGGGAAGAUGCAAGAUCCUCUGCAGUUGGGCGAAGAUGAGUUCAAGAAGAUUGUCAAGAUAAACUUCAUGGCGGCUUGGUUUUUGUUGAAAUCUGUGUGCAAAAGAAUGCGGGACACAAAAUCUGGAGGAUCCAUUGUAUAUUUGUCCUCGAUCAUAGGGGCGGAGAGAGGACUAUAUCAAGGCGCUGCUGCAUAUGGCUCAUGUUUGGCCGGGGUCCAACAGCUAGUCAGGCUAUCUGCAAUGGAGAUGGGCAAGCACCAAAUCAGGGUGAAUGGAAUUGCUCGGGGCUUGCAUCUCCACGACGAGUAUCCAUUAUCAGUUGGAAAAGAGCGGGCAGAGAAGUUGGUCGGGGAAGCAGCGCCUCUCAACCGUUGGCUUGACGUUGAAAAGGACCUCGCUUCAACCGUCAUCUAUUUAAUCAGUGAUGACUCGCGUUACAUGACUGGAACCACCACCUUUGUCGAUGGCGCUCAAUCAUUAGUAAGGCCUCGGAUGCGAUCAUAUAUGUAAAACAUAUAUGCUUGGUUAUUCUCUAAUAAGUAACUCUUCUAGUCUUG